AUGUUCGUCUUCCCCAAAGAAACCGACACAGCUCAUGUCAUCCUAAGACCUACAAUUACAAAGCCAUUGCAGGAAGUCAGCGUCUGUCUACGUACCUUCAGUGAACUUUCACGCUGGUAUCCUCUAUUCUCUUUAGCUACUCCAACAUACAAAGAUGCUUUUCUAAUCAGAUUCCAGGCUCCCACCAACUAUAUGGUAUACACAGGCUAUUCAAGCAAUGUUUUCAAGGGGGACUCAGAGCCUUCGGACUGGAACCAUAUCUGUGUGACCUGGGACUCGCAAACUGGUGUGGUUCGACUGUGUGUCAAUGGGAAGAACACCACAAGAAGAGUCUCCAUGAAAGGGUCUUCUAUUGCAGCUGAGACCAGCAUUGUCCUGGGACAGGAACAAGACUCUUUUGGUGGAGGGUUUGAUGCUUCUCAGUCAUUGGUUGGUGAAAUAAGUGACGUCCACAUGUGGGAUUAUGCCCUGACACCAGAAGACAUCCAUAAAGUCAUCUCUGGCAGACACAAUGGAAAUGUCAUUAAUUGGGUAUCUCUAUACUAUGAAAUCAAAGGGGAAGUUCUUGUCCAGCCCAGACUUCAGUGA